AUGUGUGAGGACAUUGAUGUUAAAUGGUCCCUCCUGUGCUUGCUGUUCUUUUCGGUGCAGCUGGCCCUGGUCGCGCUGUUCGUGUUCUGCCCUCAUAUCCUGGACCCGAUCGUCGCUCUGCUGAACACGUUCACGGGCGCCGUCCUUAAUGUCCUUAAGGGAAUCGCGUCGCUGUUCGGCCUAACAUCACCAACAUCUGAUACCUCGUCUGCUUCUACCAUUCUACCACGCAGUACAUCAAUAUCCUCUUUUCUUAGCUCUACAUCAAUUAGCAGCAGUUCCGAUGCAGGGAUCCAUUCUUUGCAAUCAGAGUCAGAAGCAAGCUCAUUAGGAAUACCUGAAGAACCCCAGGAUGUGGCAAUUGAAUCAUAUCCAACAGUAAAGAAGAAAAAACCACCAGAUUUGAAGCUCGAACUACAAAAGGAGCUUUUACCACAACAAAAGCUAGAUGAAUUGGACAAUGCACAAAUCGCGCAAGAGCUUCCAGUUCCAACAGCGCAGCCACUUCUGAUACCAAUAGCGCAGCCGGAAGCGGUACCAACAACCAAAGAGCGGUUAAAAGAUACACAACCGCAUUUAAGGACAGCGCAAGCGCAAUCGAUACCACCGGCGCAAUCACAGGUCAUACUAAAUGAACAAUUACAGAAGAAAACAUCAAACCAAUUCCAACCGGUAUCAGCAGCACAACCAGGACCGAUAUCGGGAACAAGUUCGCGUUUCAUAUCUGCAGCGAAACUAGAACUGGUGGUGACAGUGCCAUCAGCACCGAUAUUGGUCAUAAAAUCAAAACCAGUAUCAAGACCAAAGCCACAACGGGUUUUAGUACCGUACCGGCUACCACAAGUGAAACAACCGCAAGUAAUAUCGCAUUCGACACCGCAACCAUCUGUCCAAAAAGAGCCACUAGGUGAACCGGAACCAGCAGAUGCAGCUCAAGCGCAAAGAUCGCCAGUACCACCACAGAGUAUUAAAACUCGACCGCGCCUCGCAACACCACCUCAAAGAGAACGAGUGCCCAAGCCAACAGGGCCAGCUGCACCUGCAGCGCGACCGGUAGACGAGCUGCAACCUGUAACAUCAGGCCUAGUGCAACCCAGACCAACCGAUUGUAGAUGUGUCCAUUUGGUACCUAAGACAGUAGCUCAACCAAAGCCGGUGUCACCACUGCAACCACUACCAGAACCAGAUAUAGAACUAGAGUCAGAACACGAACGACUCCAAUCACAGCGACGAUACCACCUACGUUAUCGCUCGCGCAUUGACUUUACCUUUCCACAAUUUCGCACCCGCCAGCCUACCAACAUAGAGAUAACGAUCGAUAUAAUCGACCAUCUUUUCAUCACUAGUAUCCGAGACUUGUACGAUAUUGAGAGGGCAUACAGUUGCCGCCUGUUAACUCGUAAUGAGUAUAAUUUCUUACUAGUUCAAAGGAAGAUAAGAGAUCGAUUAUAUUGUGACUUAACUGUUGGGGAGACUAGCGGGAGCUUCCUUAGGCCCUUCUCUUUUCCUUACGUAACUGUAGCCGAGGUACAUAGGGAAGAUGAUCAAUCUGAUACAAACAGCAAUCAGAACGAAGAGAGUGACAGAAGAGAAUAA